UACUUUAUUUUAACCGUGCGCAUCAACUAAUUUUUUGUAAACAACAUUCCGAGUUUUUCUCUCUGAAUCAGAUUUUUGUCUACCCUGCCACAAAACAAUACUAAAUUAUUCGAUAUUAUCCACUUCCAAGAGUAUCACACAAUGACGGAAGCUGCAGCCGAAUCGAUAGAUAAAGAACUCACUUCGAACGUUGAAAAUCUAUCUUUGGGCCAAGAACAAAAACACGAAAAACAGGAGAUCAAAAAAAUUGACAUUAUUCUACAUGCUACUGGUAAUGCUCCCAUACUCAAACAGAAAAAGUGGGCUGUUGAUCAGGAGAAAUCUAUUAGCGCUAUAAUCAAAUUCAUUCACAAAUAUUUGAAACUGGAACCAGGAGAAAAAUUGUUUUUGUACAUUAAUCAAACGUUUGCUCCCUCGCCGGAUCAGAUAAUUAAAAAUCUGUAUGAAUGUUACGGUGCCAACGGAAAACUGGUACUUCAUUACGCUAAGAGUCAAGCGUGGGGAUAAGAAAAGCACACCCUUGUCAUUAUUGGCUGUUCUCGUUUUAAAUGUUUCCCUAAGUCAUUUAGUUUUAAGAAAACAUGUGUAAAAGAAAACGAAUAAAAACAUCAGAUAACGUAA